AUGCCUAUCUUCUUCUGCUGCUUGCUAAUCAUCCUGGUAGCAGAGAUUGCUGCUGGUGCUUGGGUCUAUUACAAUGCAGAUCGCCUCGAGGGAAUGGUGCGAGCUUCCGUCAAGGCAACUGUGCAGGAGGAAUAUGGAAUCAUUCAAUCGCGGACUAUUACAUUCGAUGCCAUCCAGAAAGGGUUGCACUGCUGUGGAGCUAGUGGCCCACAGGAUUGGGCUCGCAGUCGCUACAACGGUGCCGAUGCCAAUAGUAUCAAUUUGAAAGUAACAUCAGACUUGGCUAUCUACAACAUGCCACCAAGUUGCUGCAAAGCCGAUGUUUCAGAACUAGUAUGCGAUCAAAGCCGUAAAGCUGGCAUUACAGCAUAUCUCAAUCCAGUGAUCAAUUCUUCUGGUUGCAUUGACAAGCUGGUUGAGACAAUUCGAGACCAUAUGAGUUGGGUAAUCGGCAUUGCAAUUGGUGUCGCCGUCUUGGAAUUACUUGGAUUGAUUUUCUCUGUCGUACUUUGCUGUGCGAUCAAACGAAACGAUCGCUACAAAGCCUAAAAAAAGCUUAACAAUUUAUUUGCUAAUAACGUAACAUAUGCGGAACAUCGAGAAUACAUCAUUUGAAUGGAAUCUAAAUUAAAAUUGAGAGUUAUUGAACAU